CUUGGUGGAAAUAACAUUAAAUAUUAUGUAGCUUUCCUCUUCUUGUGACUUUCUCUCUUUUUCCUUUUAUAUCAGAUUCAUUCUCAGUUGAGUCUUCUGUGUCACCACCGUUCUCUGAUUACUGCUAGUUUGGAUGAAGAACAAACAGUGAAAGUUAUUAACCAUUGUUUCAUGGGCAACUCAUGCCGUGGAUCUUUCAAGGACAAACUCUUCUUGGGCAAUAACAGUAGUAGUAGUAAGCUUGAAGAUAACUCCAAAACCUCUACAAACGUCUCAUCAAACCGCUCUAGUUCCUCCACCAACAACUCAGACAACAUCUCUCCCAAGAAAGACAACAAAAACUCACCUCUUGUGAUCCCUUUAAAAGAACCAAUCAUGAGACGCAACAUAGACAACCAAGCUUACUACGUUCUCGGUCACAAGACCCCAAACAUCCGUGACCUCUACACUCUCAGCCGUAAGCUAGGACAAGGCCAGUUCGGUACAACGUAUCUCUGCACAGACCACGCCACUGGUGUUGACUACGCUUGCAAGUCAAUAUCCAAGAGGAAGCUGAUCUCUAAAGAAGAUGUUGAGGAUGUUAGAAGGGAGAUUCAGAUCAUGCACCAUUUAGCUGGUCAUGGUAACAUUGUGACGAUCAAAGGAGCUUAUGAGGACUCUUUGUAUGUUCACAUUGUGAUGGAGCUUUGUGCUGGUGGUGAGUUGUUUGAUAGGAUUAUUCAGAGAGGGCAUUAUAGUGAGAGGAAAGCUGCUGAGUUGACUAAGAUCAUUGUUGGAGUUGUUGAAACUUGUCAUUCUCUUGGUGUUAUGCAUAGAGAUUUGAAGCCUGAGAAUUUCUUGUUGGUUAAUAAGGAUGAUGACUUUUCUCUCAAGGCUAUUGACUUUGGUCUCUCUGUGUUUUUUAAACCAGGUCAAAUAUUCACUGAUGUUGUUGGGAGUCCAUAUUAUGUUGCUCCUGAGGUUUUACUCAAACGUUAUGGGCCUGAAGCUGAUGUAUGGACUGCUGGUGUUAUACUGUAUAUAUUGCUAAGUGGAGUCCCACCGUUUUGGGCAGAAACUCAGCAAGGGAUAUUUGAUGCUGUGUUGAAGGGAUACAUUGACUUUGAUUCAGACCCUUGGCCUGUGAUAUCAGACAGUGCUAAAGACUUGAUCCGGAGAAUGUUAUCCUCCAAGCCUGCAGAACGCUUGACAGCUCAUGAAGUCUUGCGUCAUCCAUGGAUCUGUGAGAAUGGUGUUGCACCAGAUAGACCACUUGAUCCUGCUGUUUUGUCUAGACUCAAGCAGUUCUCUGCAAUGAAUAAACUAAAGAAGAUGGCUUUGAAGGUUAUAGCUGAGAGUCUAUCUGAAGAAGAGAUUGCUGGUUUAAGAGAAAUGUUUCAAGCAAUGGAUACUGAUAACAGUGGUGCAAUCACAUUUGAUGAACUCAAAGCUGGUCUGAGGAAAUAUGGAUCUACUUUGAAAGACACAGAGAUUCAUGAUCUUAUGGAAGCGGCUGAUGUGGACAAUAGUGGGACAAUAGAUUACAGUGAGUUCAUUGCAGCGACCAUUCAUCUCAACAAGCUGGAGAGGGAAGAACAUCUUGUAGCUGCGUUUCAGUACUUUGACAAAGAUGGAAGUGGUUACAUAACAAUAGACGAGCUGCAACAAGCGUGUGUUGAACAUAGUAUGACUGAUGUUUUUCUUGAAGAUAUCAUCAAAGAAGUUGAUCAAAACAAUGAUGGGAAGAUUGAUUAUGGUGAGUUUGUGGAGAUGAUGCAAAAGGGAAAUGCUGGUGUUGGAAGAAGGACAAUGAGAAACAGUUUAAACAUUAGCAUGAGAGAUGCUUAGAGAUUGUUGCAUUUUUUUUGGUGGUUUGUGACUUCAUGAGGAUUCAACAAGCUUCAAUGCUAACCACAUAGAAGUUGCCUUGGAGGUUUUUUCAUUUAACCUCUUUGUGGUUGUUUGUUUGUUGUGGCCAUUGUUGAAGUUAGUGAAGCUUUGUUUAUCUUCUUCCUUUGUUCAAUGUUUUACAACAACAAAAAACGAAAUAUUGUCAUCAAUGUUAGUGUUUUCUAAGCAUUUUCUUUUUUUACUUUGAAAAAGCUCUUCUUGUUUCUAGAAGAUCAUGACCUUUCAU